ACAUCUAUACCUAUGCCUCUGCAUACAUAUGCUUUGCAUAUUUGCAGACAUGCACGUGUAUAUACACAGCAGAGAAGAAACAGUCUAGGAGGUUCCUGGAGUGUGUGGAAGACAACUUCCUGACACAGCUGGUCAAGUGCUCGCCGCUUGGAACUGCCCUCAGGCCUCUGCAGCCCGCCGGUGGCCGAAAACAGGAGGCCGCAGAAGGCUGUGGUAUAAAUGUCCCCCCUGCCCGCCGUGGUGCGGGGGGAGCAGGGCGCUGAAAAGAGUGGUGAGAAGUCAUAUAAGCCCGUUAGGGUGGUGUCUGACCGCUAUGUCUGGCGAACUGACCGAAGGAAUCAUAAAGAUCAUCAUUCGCGAAGUAGGACAAGAAUGUGCUGCCAAGGGACAGGCUGUUUCUGAAACCUUGGUAGCUUUCAUGGUGAAAGCUGUUGUUCUGGAUCCGAGAAAUGAAUUUAAUGUGGAUCAAAUCCUUACAAAAAAAGAUGUGCAAAAUCUUACCCAGCUUUGUGUUACCAGACUGCUUGACACAACAAACCCAUCGCUGAGCACAAUUAAGAUGCAAGUUUACUUUGAUAUGAACUAUGCAAACCGAGCUGAAUUACUCAGAGAGCAGCAUCGUGUUCUGGAGGGAAGGUUGGCUCCUCUGGUCAGAGAUAUCACAGACAGCCGUCCUUGCGUGCAAGAUGAAAUGAUGAAAGUGUAUCAAAUGAUGGUUAGCUACAUGCUGCUGAGCUCUGGCCUGGGAUCCCCAACAGAUAUUGAGGUUGUCAGGGAGGUAACAGCUGCCUUGCAGAGUAUAUUCCCCCAGACAGCACUGGUUGCCUUCAUCUCGCUCAGUAAGAAGGAUAAAGAGCAACAGCUGAAAAAUCUCUCCAUGCUAGUCACAGGGAUUCGAUUGUUCAACAAGGAGUGUGGGAAAGGAGGAAAGGGUAUUGAUGACCUGCCAGCCAUUCUGAAUGAAGCCAUUCCAUCAGCUACACGGACUGUUGAAGACAGUCUUAAUACUUGCCAUGUGCGAGCCCACUGUUACACAGCCUUGUUGGAAUCCAUGCAUGAAGAUCAGCAGAGACACAGGCAGCUUAGUUCUUUCCAACUAAAAGAAGCACUGUUCAAUGUGAGACAAUACGAGGCCUUCCUCUGCAUCCUUAUGUCUGAUGCAAUUACAGGUGCUCAAGAAGUUGAAAAGAUGAAUGUGCAGUUUACAACAACAAUGGAGCAGUUAAAAAACACAGUUCAGAAUAAGGUUUCUGUAGAUACCAAAGAAGUUUUUCCUCUCUUUGUUGCAAUUUAUAACGUGUGGGCUGGAUUUCAGAAUGAGAUACUACUCCUGAGCUUUCUCACAAAUAUGACUAACAAUCUGCAACAGUUCUUGGAAACACAAUCACAGCUUUUUCCUGAGGAAGUGCUGACAUCUCUUCUUGAAGGAGUGACUGUGAAGAGUGAUGAGGAAAGGAUAAGAGAAACCAUGGGAACAAGAGUAAACGUUUCUGAUUUCGAGAACCAAGAAUGGCUUUUUCCAGAGACUACUGCUGAUUUUGAUCAGUUGCUAAUCCAGUACCGUGGUUUCUGUGCACAUGCAAUUGGUGUAAAAGGCCUCACCCUUCCAGGAAAUCCUGCUAUUGGAAUUUUGAAGCACAAGGACAGAUGCUAUGUGUUCAGUUCCAAAGAAUCUGCAUACAUUUUUGCUCAAGAUCCAGAUACGUUCAUUCAGCUGAACAUAGAAAAAGCAAAAGAACAUGCAGAGUUAAUUCAUCUGCUCGAGCUUCACCAUCAGUUUGAAUACCUUGCUCCAUACACACAGGCAAGAAGUGCAGACAAACGUUUGAUGAAACCAACCACAAAAUGUGACAGCAGCACUCAAACUGAUACUCACAUCUUGCCUCCGUCUAUUGUGAGGUCCUAUGAAUGGAAUGAGUGGGAACUGAGAAGAAAAGCUAUAAAAUUGGCCAAUUUGCGUCGCAAAUUAACUCAUGCCAUGCAGACUGAUCUCAGCCAUCUGAGAAGGGAGAACUCCACCCAAGUGUACUUGCCAAAAGAUGUCAGCACCCAGACUAAGCAUGAUAACUCAAGCAAUGUACCCAGACCACAGGUUUUCUUGGCAGGCCUCCGAGGAGGAUCAUCUGCUGCUACUCAUAUGGUCAAAGUGGACUUAACAAGACCAAUAGAUGAAACCUAAUUGAAAAGGAGAAACCUAAAGAAAUAUACUAAAUACAUACAAAAAUCCCAACAUAUAUCUGAAUCAAGUUACCAAAAAAUUUUACUAUGUCUGAUUCCAGGAGCAGUUGACUAAUUUCAUUUGUCUUACUUGCUAGGGCUGCUAAAUGGCAUUAAGUGAUAGAAAUGAUGAGCCUGAAACACACAGAGUUUAAAAAGCAAUUUAGAGUGAAGAUGUGCCUGAAAACUUAACUUAAACUAACAUUUAAAUGUGUAGUGUGGGUCAGGGAUUUUCUUGAUCUUGUAAUACAAUGACUGCUUGCUGAAACACUACCAUUAAGAGACGUGGCUUUGGUACAUGAAAAGCAUAACGUUAGACUCAUCGCUUUUAUGAGAUGCAGGGCCCAUCCUGCAGCUCCUACAGAGGCAUAAUUCUCAUUGGUAUGAAGUAAAACCGAUCCCUAGAGAGUCAUCCAGAUGUCACAGAUCUGCCCACAGAGCAUAAUUGUCCAGAAGGUAAAACCAGCAAGAUGAAAUGGGUUUAGGUUCUUGGGCCUGUCCAUUCAUGCUGCUGCUAAUGUCUUUCCAAGUAAUGGGCCUUAUGAGCAGAGGCUAGGGCAGGGGGCUGAAUCUGUCUGGGAUGGCUCUGGCAGCCAUUUGAGGUCUCCAAUAAUUUGUGUUCAUUGGCUAAAACGUGUGCUUACCAGCACACAGCAAACAGUAGGAACUUCAGGCAUGUUUUUAAAGCAUUAUUUCACUUGUGUUUAAAAAAAACUAAAGCACAACAGGAACAGGUUUUUAUCUCUAUUUCAUUGCAGCACUGAAAUAUGUGCCAGGUCUGUUAAGCUCAACAGCAGCUAUUAUUUCUCUUUGUGAAAAGCUGAAUCACUUGAGUUUUAAAAUCUUCUCAGACAAAGUAGGGAAUACAUUAAAACAGAGAUGCUUUUCACAACAACAAAAAGCUCCACCAGUUACUUUCUGCAAAUUAUCCUGAUGCACCUGUGUGACUGCAUGGGAUUGGCUAAGGUUUUUAACUCUCCUUUUGGUCAGGUGCGCCAUGGUGCAUCAUGGUUUCCUAGGCCAUUGUUAUACCAGCUUGUGAUAAUGAAGCGUGGAGAUUCGAGCUGCUACGUGACUUUUCUGUGGCGUUGUGCAGGAUAACAUUCUCUUUUUGUUUAACUGUCCAAGGUGUACUUGGCUUCACUUCUUAAAGUUAAACAUCUGGGACUAAUCCACAAGGUAUUACCAAAAAUAAUCAAAAAAAAAAAAAAAAGAUCAGAAGGGGAGUGCAUAUAAAACUUAGAUAAACUAUUUCUACUAGCUGAUUUCUCCCUUUUGUAAAAAAAAAAAAAAAAAAAAAAAAAUCAGUAGCAGCCAGAUAUGCUGCUCCUCCAGGUUUUUCAACGAUGAGCUGGCACUGAUUUUCAGAUUUAUUAAUGAAUACAUGAGUGCUAUUAAUUGCAGCUUUUUUAAUUCAGAGAAGGUAUCCUGUUGAUGGUAAAUGCAGUGCUUUUUGUUCUGUACAUUUUUAUCAUCAUUUGCUUUGAACCUUUUAUGUUAAAGUUCU